GAUCGCAACGACGGCAGUAUGGAUGCUAGAGAACAAGAAAAUACUGAGCAAGCAAUCGGAAACACGGAUGAAGAUUCAGAGAAUUUGAAAUGUAACUGUGUGAAUAACUGUUUCGAAAACUUUAAUUCAGCAGAAAUCAGGGACCAUAUUUACAGACUACGUGAAAUGACGAAAGACGAGAAAGAAAUGUUUAUAAUGGGGUCGAUCAAACAAAUUGGGAGUAAGAAAAUCACAUCGAAACGCAAAGAACGUAAAAGGCUAAGUUACGAGUAUACAUUUCAAGGACAGGGAAUCUGUAGAACAGCAUUCAUGACCAUCAAUGACACAUCUGAAAAAGUAGUGAAAAAUAUUAGUAGGCAUUUAAAUGACAACGGAGCAGUUCCCCGAGAACAUGGAAAUACCGGGAAAAAACCCACCCAUGCCCUAAAAUAUGAGGAUGUUCAAAAUGCCAUUACUUUUAUCAUCAAUUAUGCUGCAGAGGUAGGAAUGCCCCAACCGGAGGCUCCAAGAGGAAGCGACGGAAUCCCACCUAUCUUCUUACCGUCAUCAGAUACAAAGAAAGGUAUUCACGAGCGUUACCUAGCCUCUUGUGAAGGUACAGAUGUUCGUGCUCUGAAAUUAUCGUCUUUUACAGAGGCGUGGCAAAACUGCAUCCCAAAUAUUAAAAUUAGCCGGCCUCGAGAUGACGUCUGCCAAAGGUGCGAGUGCCUCAGAAAAGAGAUUAUUGAUGCAGUGACUGAGGAAGAAAAGCUGGCUUCCACUGAAAAGUUUAAAAAACAUUUGGAAGAUGCAAAGACAGAAAGAACUCAUUACAGAAACUGUGUGGAGAAGUCGAUAGAAGAAAUGUCAACCUGGGAGGGAGCUGAGCUGACCAAUGUGCACUAUACGUUUGACUUCGCACAACAUUUUCAAUUACCUCACCACUCCCGUCAAAUGGGACCCACUUACUUUAUACAGCUGCGAAGAGUGCAGGUCUUUGGAGUACGGAUAGAUGGUGUGUCCAGACAAAUCAAUUAUGUGAUUGACGUAGAUCAAACUAUAGGACAAGAUGGGACAUUGACAAAUGGACCAGAUGCUGUUAUAAGCAUGCUGGACCAUGCACUCACAGAAAACGGAUUUGGGGAAAGAAAAUGCUCUCUUCAUGCGGACAAUUGCUCAGGACAGAAUAAAAACCAAUACGUCUUGGCAUACUUGUGUUGGCGUGUGAUGACCGGUCGACACGAAGAAAUCGAAUACUCGAUGCAAAUUCCUGGACACACAAGGUGUCUUGUAGAUAGUGGCUUUGCCCACAUUCGGAAGUUGUACCGGCGUUCAGAUGUCGAUUCUUUGGGCCAGUUCCAAACGUUAAUUAAUAAGUCUGCCGUAUCAAACGAAGCAGUGUUAUUCCAGACCGGUACUUGGCAGUGGAGAAGUUGGAAAGUGUUUUUAUCCUCCCACUUCACUGCAUUAAGAGGCAUUAGGCAGUACCACCACUUCAGAUUCAGCGCAGAGAAUCCCUGGAGUGUGUCCGUUAGAGAGCGCGUCGACAGCGAGGAAAAGUUAGUGUCCAUAACAAAGAGAGGAGCACCAGAAUUCGAUGCCACGACACUUCCAGAAGUGAUUGUCCCUCCUGGUCUUUCCAAGGAAAGACAGCAGUACCUAUAUAGGACUGUGCGUCCAUACGUCCGACCAGCCCACCAGGAGGAGUUGUGUCCCACUCCCGCGGAGGAGUAGAUAUGUCCCGGACACAACCACACAAUGAAUGUAUUGUUAUUGGUUUUAGGUUAUAAAUUAAGUUUUGUUGUUUUAAUACAGUUAUAUUUUCAAUAAGU